CAGUUCCAGCAGCAGCAUAGCAGCAGAACCUCUUAUUAUCAGGACAAGCAAAUUAAAUCUAUCCAAGGGUGUCAUUGCCAUCACUCAUCAGCUCACCAAUGUCUAAUAAGAAGAUAGUGGUCAAAGCUGACCUCGUCGGCAAGACAUGCAUGAGGGAUAUCCUGUCAGUUGCUGCGACGCUCCAAGGGAUCAAGUCGAUGGACGUUGACGCCGAGAAGUGCACGCUGACGGUGGUCGGCACCGUCGACCCGGUGCGCAUCGCGCAGAAGCUCAAGAAGAAGUGCUUCUCCGUGAACAUCAUCAGCGUCGAAGACGACAAGCCCAAGCCCAAGCCCCCGGAACCGGAGAAGAAGAAGCCGCAGGACCCCUGCAAGGACGUGUGCGAGAACAAGUGCGACAAGAUCACCUGCUGCAAGGAGUGCAAGGACGAGUGCAAGGAGACGUGCGAGAGGCGGUGCAAGGCGUGGCUCGAGAGCGGCGGCUGCUGCACGCGCUGCGCCGUGCCCAGCUGCUACCCCUACUCCUACUCCUACUGCUACCCCUACAGCGGGUGCAGCGGCGGUGGCAGCUGGCCCUGGCGCCCCUACGGCUGCUAGCGAGGAAGACGGGACUGGAUCGGAGGAGCGAGAAAGGCGCCAGUGUGUGCUUUCAGUAUCAUCAAUCAUCGUCUAUGAAUUUCGCCAUGUAGUACAUUAUUAUUAGUGCGUUUUUACUGCUUUGGGUUCCUUUUUUCCAUAUGCAAAUGUCGUCUGAAAAACCGGGAUGAUUAGGUCAGUAUUCGUCGUUGCUGUGGUGGCUUCGAAUUCCAUUGAUUGUGCGUGUAUA